GUGUUCCAAGAAGGAAACACAAAACAAUACAAAAUGUUGGAACAUAAUUCAAUCAACGAAAAUAAAUGGUAUUAUUUGACUAUAUUUAGAAAUGGCGAAUAAUGAUUCAAGUGGAAAAGAUUCAACGUUUAUUGAAGAUAUUAUUUUGAUUGAUAAAUCAAAUUCUACAAAUUAUCCGAUCAUUUUUCGAUCCGAAUAUGAUAUAAAAAUCGGUUGUUUUAUCGAACAUUUACAUCCAUUCGAUACAAGUAAAUGGGGUAAAGUUGCUAAAUUCAUUCAAGAAUCUUUCGAUUCAAAUAUUGAUUAUAUGGAACCUGAACAACCAAUUUCAAAUGAACAAUUACGAUUAGUUCAUAGUGAACAAUUUAUACGGAAUAUUAGAUCGCGAAGAAAUCUGGUUCGAACAUCCGAAAAUUUUAUAUUUUAUUUUCUACCAUUCGAUCGAAUCGAUCAACGUAUCAUACAACCAUUAAGAUAUCAAACUUCUGGUACAAUAAUGGCAGCAUGUUGGUCAUAUAAACAUCAUUCAUCAUCAAUCAAUUUGGGUGGUGGUUUUCAUCAUUGUACAGCAAAUCGAUCCGCUGGUUUUUGUUUUUUUGCCGACAUUACAUUGGCAAUACGUAAUAUAUGGUCAGCUUGUGUAAUUGAUAAUCGACCACCGAUACCAAUUUUGAUUGUCGAUUGUGAUGCACAUCAAGGUAAUGGAUAUGAACGUGAUGUUCUUCGAAUGACCAAAGAUGAAAAAAAACUAAUCUACAUAUUGGAUAUGUUCAAUCCACGAAUCUAUCCACGUGAUGAAUUUGCUAGAAAAGCUAUCAAUCGAGAGAUACAUGUCAGUUAUCGAACUAAUGAUGAAAAUUAUAUCAAACUACUUGAUUUCCAUUUGAAUGCCAUUAUUGAAACUGAUCAUUUUCAACCAAGUUUAAUAAUUUACAAUGCUGGUACUGAUUGUCUUCAAGGUGAUCGUCUUGGACAGCUUAAGAUCACACCAGAGGGAAUCAUGAAACGUGAUGAAACAAUGUUUCGAUUUGGAUUGAAUAACAAAGUGGCUAUUGUUAUGCUAUUAAGUGGUGGUUAUCAACGUAAUAAUGCAAGAAUAAUUGCUGAUUCUAUUGUUAAUCUUAUCGAAUCAAAUCUAUUAAAACCUUUAUGAUUAAACACUAGCUAUCUGUAGUUCAAAUAAAGUGCCAAA